CCGCGCUGUGAUUGGUUUGCGGUGAGGCUGAGGGCGGGGCUUUCACUCAGGGCGUUUGGUGUUUACGAGCGUCAGAAUCACAAACUGAGACGCGACGCGAACGGAAGCGAUUUGAUAACUGAACUUCAGUGGUGGAUUCACAAACCUGACACUCAUAUUGUGCAGCAUGGACACAUUCUUGACCUCUGAUUGAUGAUAAUGGAGUGUAACCUCAUACAUGAUUACUGACAGAUAAUAUCAAAUCAUACAUGCCACAUCAAACAUAUAUGUGCAGGAUCUGUGGUGGAUGACACACGUUUCCAGUGUCCAAACAUGCCCAUCACACGUCUCAUCAACUUCCCUACAGACUCACCCUUCACCCCCACACCCUCCAUCGCCCGGGUAUCGCCCACGCCCCGUGCCCUGUGGCCCCCACUGGACUUCACCCUGGGCGCGCUGGCAUGUAGCGGCGCGUGCAUGUUCACCAACCCGCUAGAGGUGGUAAAGACCCGACUGCAGUUGCAGGGUGAGCUGCAGACGCCUGGGUCAUAUCAGCGGCACUACCGUGGGGUGUUGCAGGCGCUGUUGGUGGUCGGGCGGACGGACGGGGUUCGAGGGCUGCAGAAAGGCCUGACGGUGGCGCUGUUGUACCAGGGCCUGAUGAACGGGGUUCGACUCGGGUUCUACUCUUACACAGAGGCGCUGGGAUUUACCGCCGCACCGGGAGGAAGUCUGAUCGCAGGGGCCACAGCGGGAGCGCUCGGAGCGUUCAUCGCAUCCCCUGCUUAUCUGGUAAAGACUCAUCUGCAGGCGCAGGCGGUGGCGACCAUCGCUGUGGGACAUCAACACAACCAUCAGGGUGUGUUCAGUGCCUUUGUGUCCAUCUAUCAGCGAGAGGGUGUGUUGGGUCUGUGGCGGGGGGUGAACGGGGCCGUGCCCAGGGUCAUGGUGGGGUCAGCCGCUCAACUCGCCACAUUCAGCUCCGCAAAAGAAUGGGUCACACACGCACAGUGGUUCAGUCCACACAGUUGGCUCGCCGCUCUCACAGCUGCUAUUAUCAGUGGUGUUGCCGUGACGAUCACCAUGACACCGUUUGAUGUAAUCAGCACACGACUUUACAACCAACCAGUGGACGAGUUCAAAAGGGGUCGUCUGUAUUGUGGUUUUGUGGACUGCCUGAUGAAGGUUUGCGGGACAGAGGGGAUUGUGGGUCUGUAUAAAGGCAUGACUCCAGUGUUCGUGCGUUUGGCUCCUCACACGGUUCUCAGUAUGCUGCUGUGGGACGUCAUGAGACAGAGAGCACUCGUGUACAAACACUAACACACUUUUAUUAUAGUGGUGCUGAAUGACCUUACACCCAAAAUUAAGGCCUUGAGUUCACAUGCAAAAAAUCUCUUUCUGGACCGGGAGUUUUUUAUUAUUAUUAUUGUUGUUGUUGUUUUUAUUGUCAUGACUACAUGCAGAUGUUUAAACUUGAACUGCCUUUUUAAAUGCAUAUGAAGGGAUUGUGAUUAAUAGUCACAUGAUCAUGUUUAUAUUUGACCUCAUUAGUUUGUGUUAUUUUUAUGUGUAAAACAAUAAAGUGUUUUUAUUAUCAACAUACCUUUGAUUAAAUAACU